UGCCGUGAAGCGGUGCUCACAGAGCGAAAGUUUUUUUGUUUUUUUUUUGAAUAGGCUCUGUUGUCUUGCUGUGGGCGCACUACUCCUUUAACAGACUUCUUGUCCUGAUGCUUUCCAACCUCAGUCGCAACUUUUACCUCGGUUGAUCCAGCAAUGUAGCCCGCAGGCGUGCAGAGGAGUAUUUUUGUGUGAUAUUUUAACUGGAAACUUUUGUUUCGGGGGCUACAGAGCGCGCAGCUGGUUGGGCUGGUCUGGUGUUGUGUGGUUGUGCGGGAUCCGGUGACCGCUGGGGCAGACAGGCCACCAUGCUCCGGCCGUGGGCUGCGCACUGGGUCGCAGCUGUGCUGCUGUGUCGGGCGGUAGCACAGUACUCCAGCGAUCAGUGUAGCUGGCGAGGAAGCGGUUUGAGCCAUGAGUCCCAUCGCAGAGAUGUGGAGCAGGUCUACCUUCGCUGCUCUCAGGGAUCUCUAGAGUGGCUUUACCCCACAGGGGCCAUCAUUGUCAACCUGAGACCAAACAUAGAGCCUUCACCAGGUCAUAUGUCAGGUCUCCAUGUGUGCAUUAAACCUCAAGUUUACUCCCAGGGUUCUCAUGUGUACCUGGAGCAUGCAGGGGAUCUGAGGCUGCUGCUGGCAGAAAAGGACCAGGCUCAGGGAACAGUGCAUUGUUUCAGCCUGGCAGAGGGGGUGCUAUUUGUGGAGGCUAUCCCACAGGCAGACAUCAGCCGGAGGAUCACAGCUUUCCAGUAUGAGCUGGUGCCCAGUCAGGGGCCAGCGAUGCACAUGUUCCCAUACCUGCAACCUGGUUCAGUCGCCUGCAAGCCUUGUUCAGAUGAAGAGGUCCUCAUGGCUGUGUGUACUAGUGACUUUGCUGGCAGUGGUGUCUUCCAAGGCGUCGCACCAGGUACUAACAAGCACUCCCUGGCGACAGUGACUCUGAGACGACUGUUUCACCAAAAGAGCAGGGUGUUUGCUUGGGGUGGAGCCAGAGGACGGAGUUGGAGUGGUCGUAUCAAUGUUGCUGCACAGUGCAGUGUGCGUCCUGGAGGGGACGAGUAUCUUUUGACUGGCUCUGUCCAUUUUGGAGAAGCCUGGCUUGGCUGUGCACCACGCUACAAAGACUUUCUAAAGCUGUACAUCCAAGCACAAAAUGCAGGAACAAACCCAUGUCAAGUAGACACAAACUGAGAGAUCUGUUCUCGGCUCUGAUUUUAAACAAGGAGUGCUUCAGUCAGCGAAGAAAAUGCGCAAAAGUUACAGUUUGGAAGAUGGGUCAAUAAACUGACUGGAAGGAAUCUUACAGAUUUAUUGUUUUUGUUACAGGCUAUGUCUUCAGAAUCUUAUCAGUUUUAUGACAUUUUAAUAGCCAAUGUGCUACUUAAACCGAAAUGUCCCUUUGACUUUAUUUUGCUGCUGCAUAUGUAAAUAUGUUUGUAAAUCUGUGCAUGAGUGACUGUGAGUGAAAGAAGGAACGAGAGGCUUAAAUUUAAACUUGUGCCUAACUGGUUAACAUUUUUAUUCUCUUGAUGAUACUGCUCAUUCUUGAAAUGAAAGUUUGCUUUGUAAAAAGCUUUCUGUAAAAUUUAGGAGUCUUCUGACAGAAGUGUAUAGUACGCAGCUCUGUGAGUCUUUGUGUGUGUGUGCUGCUAAUGAGUUCAAAGGGACUGUACAUAUUUACAGAAAAUAAAGAUAUGUGUCGUUAUCU